AAAGGGGCGGGGCCGCCGCGCCGCCGCCUCACGGAGCCGCCGCCAUCUUGUUUCUCGGCCGCUGAGCCGCUCGCUCUUGCUCCGGCCGUCCCCCUCCCCCUCCUUCCCGCUUCCCACCGAUCGGGCCGGAGGCAGCGCGGGCACCGGACGAAGGAGGAGGCGAAGGAAGCGGAGAUCGCGGCGCCGGCCGCCCCGCUGCCAGGAUGUCCACAGAGGGAGGCUUUGGCACAGCUGGCAGCAGUGAUGCCCAGCAGAGCCUGCAGUCCUUCUGGCCCCGAGUCAUGGAGGAGAUCCGCAACCUGACCGUGAAAGACUUCAGAGUCCAGGAGCUCCCUCUGGCUCGUAUCAAGAAGAUCAUGAAGCUGGAUGAAGAUGUGAAGAUGAUCAGUGCAGAAGCUCCUGUGCUCUUUGCCAAGGCAGCUCAGAUAUUCAUAACAGAACUGACUCUGAGAGCCUGGAUACACACAGAAGACAACAAGAGGAGGACUCUGCAGAGGAACGACAUCGCCGUGGCCAUCACCAAGUUUGACCAGUUUGACUUCCUCAUUGACAUUGUCCCAAGGGAUGAGCUGAAGCCUACAAAGAGACAGGAAGAGGUGCGUCAGGCCGUCACCCCGGCCGAGCCUGUGCAGUAUUAUUUCACCCUGGCUCAGCAGCCUGCUGCAGUGCAGGUGCAGGGGCAGCAGCAAGGCCAGCAGACCACCACCUCUACAACAACCAUCCAGCCAGGACAGAUCAUCAUUGCCCAGCCUCAGCAGGGACAGAGCACGCCUGUGACCAUGCAGGUUGGAGAAGGCCAGCAGGUGCAGAUCGUGCAGGCCCAGCCCCAAGGACAGAGCCAGCAGGCCCAGAGCAGCACGGGGCAGACCAUGCAGGUCAUGCAGCAAAUCAUCACCAACACUGGGGAGAUCCAGCAGAUACCGGUUCAGUUGAAUGCUGGCCAGCUGCAGUAUAUCCGCUUAGCCCAACCCGUGUCAGGCACCCAGGUAGUCCAGGGGCAGAUCCAGACGCUUGCAACCAAUGCGCAGCAGGUACGGACUCCACCGGCAGGGCUGCCACCCACCCGCAGGUGCUUGCUCUCACUGAUCAUCCUUCUCUUGUCCUUGUAGAUAACGCAGACAGAAGUCCAGCAGGGACAGCAGCAGUUCAGCCAGUUCACAGAUGGACAGCAACUGUACCAGAUCCAGCAAGUGACCAUGCCUGCAGGCCAGGACAUCACCCAGCCCAUGUUCAUCCAGUCCACCAGCCAGAGCUCCGACGGCCAAGCCACGCAGGUGACAGGGGACUGAGGGCAGGACACUGCAGUGGAGCUCCCCCCUGCCUGGAGCCAAACCAGCCUGACCUGUACCACACCAACCUGCUCUGAUGCCUACAUCUGCUUCUGUCCCAUCUGCCCUCCCUAGCAAGCCUACAGUAGGCUGCAGCCUCUGGUGCGCUGCCCACCUCCCCCUGGCGGCUGUGGGGGGAUCUCCAGCAGCCGCUGACAGGAAGGCAAGAGUGGGGGAAGGGA